CCAAUAACAUCAGAUCAAAAGAAAAAAAAAAAGGUCGAAGCAAAGUUCCGGUGCUUCUCGCGCACCCUAUCAUCAUCCGACUAAACUUUCUUUCUCCGUCGAAAUCACUCUCUUCCUCACCGGCGAUCGAGUUUCCCGACCAUCAAAUCGAGGUUUUGAUCUUGACAAAAGCUCCAGCUUCCUAAGGGUUCGACGAAUCUAAAAAAUGUCAUAUGAAAGCAAAGGUUUCUGGGUUCUGAAGAACAAUGAGAAUGCAAGCCAGGAAGAGGAAGACUCUGUUUAUAACGAUCAUCAUCAUCCACCGAGAGACGAUGCGAAGCGUCCUCAUCCUUGGUUCGUCGACUCUUCUUCUUCUUCUCGCUCCGAGACUUUCCCAAACAAGAAGCAAGCCGUUGUGCAGGAUCCAGGGAAGUCAAACGUAGUAGUAGGUCUCCCUCUAUGGGAAACUUCCUCUGUUUUUCAGUCCGUCUCUAACGGGUUCAUGGAGAGGCUUCUGGGAACCGAAAUGCCUAGACCCCUUUUGUUUGGUGACAACAGAGAUAACAGAACAGAGCCCAAGAGUUAUAUGGUGGAAGAUAGGUCUGUUGAGUUGUCGAUAUCUAACGGCGUGGAGGUUGGUUUUGGUGGUGGUGGUGAUGGUGGGAGUAGAAAGCUUCAGGUUAGCCGUGUCAAGGAGACGAUAAGAGCUUGUGGGAGAGAGAACGAGAGUAGUGGUAGCUUUGUGAAUUUCGCGAUGGAGGGUGGUGGGCAUCCUUAUGGCGGCGAGGAUGAUGCUCAUGGGAUCAGUUUUGGUGAACUUAACGGUGUUGACUCCAGUUCCAAUGUGGUUGGGAACUAUCAUCAGUCUUAUGUUCAAGAUCCAGAUAUGGUUUAUGGCCAAGAAACCGCACAACAACAGAACAGCGGUGAAGUUGUAAGUGAGCAACAGCAGCAAGUGUCUAAACAGAGUUUGGAAUCUCUUCCAAAGAGUAAACCAGAGUAUAAUAAGCCUUCAAAGAAGGAAGCUUCCACAAGCUUUCCUUCGAAUGUUAGAAGCUUGAUAUCAACUGGUAUGCUCGACGGCGUUCCUGUGAAGUACGUUGCUCUCUCGCGUGAGGAGCUUCGAGGAGUCAUCAAAGGGUCAGGCUAUCUCUGUGGAUGUCAAGCUUGCGAUUAUACAAAGGUGCUUAAUGCGUAUGCAUUUGAGAGACACGCUGGAUGUAAGACAAAGCAUCCAAACAAUCAUAUUUACUUUGAAAACGGGAAGACGAUAUAUCAGAUAGUUCAGGAACUUAGGAACACUCCAGAGACUGUGUUGUUUGACGUUGUUCAGACUGUUUUUGGCUCUCCUAUCAACCAGAAAGCAUUCCGCAUAUGGAAAGAAUCAUUCCAAGCAGCAACUAGGGAACUUCAGCGUAUCUAUGGCAAAGAAGAGCGUUGCUUUUGAUUUUGAAUGUAUAAAAUAUUAUUAUAUUAUGUGGAGAACUGUAAGAUUGUAAACAUUUUAUUGGAUCUUUUACUUCUAUAUUGUUACUUUAAUUUUGUAUAGAGAGAACUUUUUGGAAGUCUGCUAAACGGGAAAAGCUUUAAGAA